AUGGAGGCGCAGGAGCAGAGCGCCCUGCGCACGCUGGAGGCGCAGCUGGGAGCGGCGCGGAAGCGACACGCCCUGGCGCAGCGAAACGCCCACGAGUUGGAGCGGAAACGGGUGGUGAUGCUGCAGGAGGCGGAGCAGUACCGCGAGGAGCUGGCGGAGAUUGACGGAAGCAUUGCCGCGGCGAACGAGCAACUGCAGCGAGAGCAGCAGGCUUCGGGAGAAGAAGAAGGAGGAGGUGGCGGUGGUGGGGAGCUUCAGCUCACCCCCGAGCAGCAGAACCAGUUUAUUCGACUGAAGCAAACCCUGCAGCAGCGACUGGCCACGACCGGCGACGGCUACUCACGGGCGGCCGACCUGGAGCGCGACAUUGCCCGCCUGGGGCGCGAGGUGACCACCGGCGAACGGGACCUGGCCUUUCUCGCCUCGGAGCGCGCCGGCCUGGAGGCGGCCAACGAGCAGGUGGAGCGGGCGCUCAGUUCGCUGGCCGCCGACGUCGCCACGCUGACCGCCGCUCAGGAGAAGGCGCUGGCGGAGGAGGCGGUGGCGAGGGGGGCGCGCGAUGCGGCUGCCCAGGCGCUUCAGCAGCAGGAGCGAGGGCUGAAGGAGGCGCGCGAGACGUUCCGCGCCAAGUUUAGCUCUUUUCUGCUGAACCGGAAGCGGGUGGAGGAGAAGGCGAAGAUUGACCGACUGGUGGCGGCGUACCGUGGUCGGGUGCAUGGUCGCCUGGGCGCCCUCUGCAAGCCCGCCAAUCGAAGCCACCUGGCCGUGUACAACAUCGUCGCCCGCCGUCACCUGAACACCGUACUGGUCGACUCGAUGGCCACCAUGCGCGAGGUGAUGGAGCAGGAGGCGCGCUCCGACUACGCCUCGCUGAAGUUUCUCCCCCUGGACGUGCUGCUGCCGCGCGGCAGCCGCUCCACCUCGCCGCUCUCCGAGUCGCUGGCGCCGAUGCGCGAGGCCGUUAAGAAGAUUAGAGGAAGGGGAGGAGGUGAUGGUCAUGACCACGGCGGUCAGGCGGACAGCCACUCCUGCCGCCUCCUCUACGACCUCAUCCGCCUGCCGCCGGGGGUGGCCAACGCCGACCGGGCCCUCUUUAUGGCGGUGGGCAAUGCGGUGGUGGCGCCCGAUCGGGAGACGGCCAGUGCCGUGGUGAACCAGCUGCGGCAGUGCCGGGCCAUCUCCGCCCGCUGCGGCACGCUCUACAACAACCCGGUGGAGAUUGUCGCCGACUUUGGAGGCCGAGGCGGCGUUGGCGGCGGCUUUGGAGCCCAUGGCCUGGACGCCUUUGACGACGAGUCCUUCCAGGCGGAGGAGGAGCGGGUGGCGCGGAAGGAGCGCCAGCUGACGGAGGCGCAGCAGGCGCUGACGGAGGCGACCACGGCGCUGGAGCCGCUGGCGGCGAAGGUGGUCAGACUCACCGCCCAGCUGAACAUCAAGCGAGCCCACCUGGAGGACCUGAAGACCCGGCUCGCCCGGCAGCAGGCGGAGCUGGUGGCGCUGGAGCAGGAGAAGAUUCCCGCGAAGGAGGAAGAGCUUGCGGCGGCUCGAGCUCAACUAGAGGAGAAGGAGGCGGCCCUGGCGGAGGUGCGCCGGGCGGCCGUCGACGAGGUCUUUGGCGCCUUCUUUGCCCAAUUUGAAGGACGUGGCGGCUUUGAGGGCGAGGCGGAUCUGGCCAAGUUUGAGGCCGCCCUCUACGGCGACGGGAA